AUGUUGUCCAGCAUGAAUUCGGUUUCCAGAUUCGUAUUAACCAAACGAUGCGUACAUACAACGGCAUUCGCAGCGAAAUCACAGUCGGGCCGCUACAAGAUUUCACCAAAAGGCGACCGUCCUCUUACGUAUGAAAUGGCAAACCCACCUCACCAAAUAGCGCAUCGGAAAGCAUGGAACUCCUGGAAUACGUCAAAUCUUGAGGGUGAGCUACGUCCGUCGCAAACCAUGCUGGAAGACGAUUUCAUUCGCCGGUUCAUGGCCGGUACUUGGCACGGUAUGGUAUUAUCGGAAGUGAUCAUCAAACGGCAACAUAAUCACGUUCGCAUAGCAGCCAUAAUCAGCCGAUCGAUUCCGGCCAGAAAAAUGUACUUUCUAAUCGGAUACUGCGAGGAGCUGCUGGCAUACUGGUUACAAUGCCCAGUUUCGCUCGAGCUGCAGACCACUGAGGAUAAAAAAGAUGUCAUCUUCAAGUACAUUUAG